CCGAUUCUGCGGCACAGCAUGUUGCGCAUGCUCUUGCGCAUUGGCAGGACAGCUUGGCCAUGCCGCAUUCCGCGGUCGUAACGGGCGCUUCGAAAACUGCAAGAUACAGGCUGCGCUUCCGCCCCAUGCGGCAUUAGAAGCUCAGCAAUUGCCGAUAGCCUGGUUGUUGAUAUUAUAGAGGGGUCUCGCCCGUGUUUGGUAGAGGUAAGAGCGGCUUUCUGUUGUUUCCUCGCUUCUUCGUUACUCGCCUACCAUUGUGCUAUAAUCUACGAGGGUCACUUGAAGUUAGCGACAAGCUCACCAUGGCGGUCACGGUUGGUGGUGGUGGCGAGGCUGGCAUUCUCCAAGCUCUCAGAUUGCUGCGGACAUACUGGCCGCUGCUUCUACCGAUCGUACUUGUGGUGCGGUUCUUCUACUAUAAGUACUCCUCACCCCUCCGAAACUACCCAGGACCGUUUCUUGCAUCCGGCAGCCGGGCAUGGAAAGCAGUCAUAAGCACAUGGGGCGGCAAGACAGAAACGGACCACAUUAAGCUCCACGAACAGUACGGUUCCAUCGUCCGUAUCGCACCCAAUGAGCUCUCCUUCUCCAGCCCGAACGCCGCGCGAGAAGUUCUCGCUGCGGGCAAGGGCUUCCACAAGACCGAUUUCUACGCGGUCUUUCCUCCACCAGAAAACCCGGAUAUCUUCACCGAGACCCGCGAGGCCGUUCAUGCGGUCAAGAAGCGCUAUGCCUCAAAUCCGUACAGCAUGGCCAGCAUGCAGCAGUGCUCAGGCUACAUUGAGGAUACCGAACGGUUACUCAUGAAGAAGCUCGACGGAAUGUGCCAAUCUCGCGAUCAGUACUGCAAUCUAGGCGACUACCUGCACUACUACGCUUUCGAUGUUCUCGGCGAGAUCGCGUUUUCGCGCAAGUUUGGCUUCAUCGAGGCCGGUUAUGAUUUGGAGAGGGCGAUCAAGACUAUUGACGACAUGCAAUGGUACGAUGGUAUUGUUGGUCAGGUUCCAGAGUGGGAUUGGAUGUUCAGACGGAAUCCCUUGAGGAAAUUCAUACCCGGACUCAACCCUAGUCAGUUCCUCAUUACGCGCAUGGCGCUGGAGGAGAUUGGCAAGAGGAAGAAGCUCGGCAGCAAGGAGAUUGCAGACCGCAAAGACUUGAUGAGUUCUCUGAUGGCGGCGCACGAGAAGGCACCGGAUGCGUUCAAAGAGGGCGACGUCUUUGCCGUUGCUCACGGCGCGAUCUUCGCCGGCUCCGACUCCACAGCCUCGACAAUGCAAUCCUUCUGCCACCACGUCCUCCGCGAACCAGCCAUCUACGCUCGCCUGAAGCAAGAAAUCGACACCGCAAGCGCGGAAGGCAAGCUCUCUGAAAUGCCGACAUGGAACGAAGCCCAAGCCCUGCCAUACUUCCAGGCGUGUCUGCGUGAAGCCAUGCGCGUACGUCCCGCCGUGGGUCUGAACAUUACCCGCUUGGUCCCGCCCGAGGGUGCAGAAAUCGACGGUCGCCGCUUCCCGGGUGGAACGAGGGUCGCGCUGAACGCUUGGGUGUUGCAUCGCGAUGCCAGUAUCUUCGGCAACGAUCCGAAGGUCUACCGGCCGGAGAGGUGGCUGGAGGGUGAUGCGAAGAUGAUGGAUCGGUAUAUGUAUCAGUUUGGCGGUGGCUCUCACCUCUGCAUCGGCAAGAAUCUUGCUCUGUUGGAGAUGAACAAGACACUUCCACUGCUCUUCCGCGAGUACGAGUUCGAGCUGCUGAAGCCGCACGAGGAUCUGAAGUAUCACUCCACCUUCUUCGUUGUGCAGCAAGGGCUGGAGGUUCGCAUUUCGAAGCGGAGUACUAAGGCGCAGUGAGUGUGGCUGAGGCGGAGUGUUUGAGAUUGAAGUAGCGUUCCAAGCGGUCCUUCCACUCAAUUUGUUCUCUCAUG